AUGGCCUGGAACAAGUCAUUCAUUCUUCUUCUCGCUGCUGCUGCAGUAUCUGGUGUUAGCGGAGGACCUUGUCGUCCCAGAUCACCAACCUAUGUUCCGACUUACAGUGUGCCAACUUACAUUGCGCCAACUUAUACGAUCCCUUCCAGAUCAAGCACGUCUUCUCUCUCUUCUUCCCAUUCUUCGAAAGAUUUAUCUUCCACUUCUAUCUUGGUUUCAGACACCACUACAACAUCCAAGUCCAUGACUUCAACCAGCACUGAGCAGAGAUCAACUUUUAUUUCCCAAGAGACCUCAGCCAGCACUGGAUCUACCAUUUCUUCUUCUUUUACUUCUACUUCCGAGGCUACUCAGCCUACUACUAUGAAAACCAUUACUUCCAAGACGAGUGAAGCUUCAACAGUUACCAGCGAGACUUCCAUCACUACCUAUACUGUCGCUUCCGAGACGACUGAGGGUACAUCUACUUCAGUCACUCAGACCACAAACUCAGAUACUACUGAGACUUUCACCUUCACUACUGAAACGAGCUCUAUCAACACAUAUACUUCAACACUCCCAACGGAUACCACAAGCACCUCUAUCGCAGAGACUUCAACACUCACUACUGAAAAUACAUCUUCCAACACGGAAACAUCAGAGUCAACGAUUUACACCAUCACUCACUCUACCCCUGAGGAUACAUCGGCUACAACUGUUGAUGUUACUUCGUCCAAGACAAUUGAGUCGAGCUUUACGGCUGAAACUACCACUGCUACUACGACGGGAACCACUAGUGAGACCUCGAGUACUGCCACAAAGUCUGAGACAACUGAGUUGUCGAGCGGCACGAGUGAAACAGCCUCAUCAACAGCCACCGCGGAAACCUCAGUUUCAGGUGAGACCACUAAGGAGAUUACGACAGCCACUACAACCACUGGAACCACCGAAUCUCCUAGUGCCACUUCCGAAACUCACUCUACUACUGAGACAACUUUCACCUCGGAGCACACUACUAGCACCAUCGCCGAGGGUUCAUCGACAGAGAUUUCUACUACCACGGGUGAGACGUCAAGCACGGGUAUCUCAUCCGUAACUAGUGGAACUGGUACUUCCACCAACAUAGAGACGACCUCUACAACAGGAGCCAGUUCUACAAGUUCGUGCGAGACUAGCACUUCUGCUACAACCGAAGACACAUCUGCUACGGUGUCUACCACGACCACAGAGGCAUCAGCCACUUCAACUGAGGCUACUACAUCUACUACGGAAGUCUCUCGCACAUCAUCCGAGGCACCGACCACCACAGCCGAGCCUUCAACCACCAGUACUACCACUUCGACUUCCACUGCCGAAUCCUCAACCUUGACCUCUUUUACAAGUACUACUUCCUCCACUAGCACUAGGACCUCCACUACUUCUGAAGCCGCCACCACCUCGCCAUCCUGCUACCGCUACACCCUCUAUGACAAUCCCCCUGAGGGAGCCGACUGCGGCCACGAAGGUCACCGCAACGGAAAGAAAGCCAAGGUGCUCGGCUAUGGAGACAGCGACAGCGUCGAGUCCUGUGGGCAGAGCUGCGCCGAGACAGAAGGCUGUAAGGCGGUCGUGUUUGGAUACUGGGACGAUGAUAUAAACAACCCCUUCUGCGAGUUGUUGGAUGCUCCUCAGGCUAGGGCGGAUAACGAUGAGACGUCUUGGUUGUGGUAUGAUCUCAAGUGCUUCAACCCGGAUUGUGUGAGUCCGCCUGGAAAUGAGUGUGAUUACUAG